CACUCGUGAAGUCCGCGCGGUCGAACGGUUCAAUGACUCUGGCGACCGUUUCUAUUUUCUCUCUGGUCGUGUCGUCGGUUCGCUCAGCAAGGAAGGGGGUCUUUGUUUGCGUUUCACGUUCGCGUCGCACGGUAUCAUCUGCGGUCGCAUCGCCGAGACGGAAUGUGCCCGCAUAAGUGGAAGCGUGGGUCUCGCUCCUCCCGGUCGAUGUGAAAUGUGGCGUGCCCCAGAGUGGCGCCGUCUUCGAGUGCAAGUGCAGUGAGGUGCAGUGGUGUGUGCGAAGGAACGUGGGUCGGCUCGGCCACGGCGAGCGAAGUGCGCGGAGGUGGCGGUGGCCGCGCGGCCAUGACCGGCGACAUGCCUCUAGGGAGCGCGCACGCGUUCGGGCGCGCGUUGCUCCGGGACGGGGCGCUGCCGCCGCUGGAGCCCGGCCCGCCAGCGCCGCCCGCGGCCAACGCGCAGCCGCCCGACAAGCGCCCGCCGGCCGCCGCCGCCAGCCCCGAGCAGGUCAUGAAGCUCUACAUGAACAAACUGACGCCGUACGAGCACCGUGAGAUAUAUGACUAUCCUCAAGUGUACUUCAUAGGCGCGAACGCGAAGAAGCGACCCGGCCUGGUCGGCUUCCCGAACAAUUGCGAGUACGACAACGAGCAGGGCUCCUACAUCCACAUCCCGCACGACCACAUCGCGUACCGGUACGAGGUACUCAAGGUGAUCGGCAAGGGCAGCUUCGGCCAGGUGGUCAAAGCGUACGACCACAAGAAGCGCGAAAACGUCGCGCUCAAGAUGGUGCGCAACGAGAAGCGCUUCCACCGGCAGGCACAGGAGGAGGUGCGCAUCCUGGAGCACUUGCGCGAGCAGGACAAGGACAACACAAUGAACGUCAUACACAUGUUUGACUCGUUCACCUUCCGCAACCACACGUGCAUCACCUUCGAGUUACUCUCCAUAAAUCUUUACGAGCUGAUCAAGAAGAACAAGUUCCAGGGCUUUUCUCUGCAGCUGGUGCGCAAGUUCUCUUACAGCCUACUGCAGUGCCUGCACGCGCUCAACAAGAACCGCAUCAUACACUGCGACAUGAAGCCAGAGAACGUGUUGCUCAAGCAGCAGGGACGCUCCGGCAUCAAGGUGAUAGACUUCGGCAGUUCAUGCUACGAGCAUCAGCGCGUGUACACGUACAUACAGUCGAGGUUCUACAGAGCGCCCGAGGUGAUGAUGGGCGCGCGGUACGGCAUGCCCAUCGACAUGUGGUCCCUGGGGUGCAUACUGGCGGAGCUACUCACAGGGUUCCCCCUACUCCCCGGUGAAGACGAAGCGGACCAGAUGGCGUGUAUAAUCGAGCUGCUCGGCAUGCCACCGCAGAAGCUCACUGAGCAGGGCAAGCGCUCCAAGAACUUCAUCAGCAGCAAGGGUCUGCCGCGGUAUUGUACCGCCACCACGCUGGCUGAUGGCACCACGGUGCUUAGUGGAGGUAUGUCGAGAAGAGGCAAGCCCCGAGGUCCCCCGGGGUCCAAGAGUUUUGUCACGGCGCUCAAAGGAUGUCAGGACAAAUUCUUCAUUGAUUUCAUUAGACGGUGCCUAGAGUGGGACCCGGACAAGCGGCUGACGCCGGCGGCGGCGUUGCGGCACGCGUGGCUGCGGCGGCGCCUGCCCCGCGCGCCGCACGACGACGAGCCGCACCAUGCGCACGCGCACGCGCCGCACGCCGCGCACGCCACGCACGCCGCGCACGCCACGCACGCCACGCACGCCGCGCACGCCACACACGCGCCCAACAACCACGUUAGUAUCGCGCACCACGCCAAGCGGCUCGCACACCCUAACUGCGCUGACAAAUAGACGAGUGUGACGACGGGUGCGGGCGGCGCGGGCGCGGGCGCGGGCGGGGGCGCGGCGGGUGCGGGCGCGGGCAGCGGGGGGCGCGCCGGCUCGCUGCGGACGCCACUCGCGCGCACGCCCGUCACCUUCAACGCCUCGCAAGUCGCCAAAGCGAAGUUGCAAGCAGCGUUGUCGGAGGAGGGCGGCGCGGUGAGUAGCGCGGUGGGCAGCGCGGGCGUGAGCGUGGGCGGCGCGCGGUACUGGGCCGGCGGCAAGCUGCCGCACCUGCCCGCGCCCUCCUAGCGCCCGCCGUCGGCGCGCCGGCUCGCCAAGGUGUCGUCGCUGGAGGGGUCGCGCGGGCGCGGCGGCGCGGCGCACGCGCGGCUCGACCUCGAGCGCCGCUCGCUGGACCUGGAGCGCGAGUUGCGCGCCGACCGCGACUCCGACGCCUCGCUCGACGACCGCGACCACCUCGUCUGAUGCGCCGCGUCACACUCCCGCGCCAGCCGCCGCCCCACCGCCGCCGCCACCGCCACCGCCACCGCCGAUAUACUACAAUACCAGUUUUAGUACGUUCUAUUCGGUUACACACGCCCCGUUUGACUUUCUUAAAUCGACACAGAACAUUUAACUGACCAUAAUACACUGUGUGUCCUUUCAACAGAGUCAAACGUGCGCCCGCGCGACUGCGCGUCCGCGCAUGUUCGUGUGUGCGCGUGCGCAGCCGCACGGUCGAAGCACAUAAUUUUCAUGUUCCUACUUAGUUAAGCGAGCGGAGCGGUGGCGGGGGCGGGCGAACAUUCGCUUGGCGGCGAGCGUCCCGAUCUAGUGCUUUAGAGGCAAAAUUGAUCUCAAUAAAUAAAAUAAAGACUAUGGAUAAGUUAUACGGACAUCUAGUGGAAUUGUGCGAGUAACAUAACGUGUUUUACUGUUUUCUAUGUAUUAUAUAUGACGUGAGAACGUUCGGAUGUGUCGAUGUUAGUGCCUACUAAGUCUGGUUUAGCGUUAGGGAACCUCGACCACUUUAAGGGAACUCUUUGAAUAUUUUACCGAAAAACGACAUGUGAGCUUUCGAGAGAAGAUUUUUUUUCGUACCGGCACACAUCGCUUCGUAGUGUUAAAGGCGUUUCGAAAUUCGUAGAAUCUUGCAGUGUGAUAUAACAAGAUUUUAUCUGAAUUUUUGGACACGUGACGGUCGGUGACGUCACGCCCGUCUCGGACACGCACGCCCGUACAGGGUGUUCCGACGCCGGCGUCACGGGCGACCCCUUCGUUUAUUGUAUUAUGUUGAAAAAAAUUCCUCUCGAAAACGUAGUUUAAGCGAACAUAUAUGUGUGACUAUUGUAACAAUUUUUCUACAAGGAAUCCAAUGUUAUGAAUUAUUAAUUAUAAUUUAAUAGUACGAUUUCGUUUUUAAGUUUUAGUUAAUUCUCCGUCAAGUGAUAUAGGGGACACUGUAUUUAUAAAGAAAUGGUGACCUUAUAAUCGGAAUUCUUGAUAAGGGUAGUUAGUGACAAGGCCUUUUAAGCUAGUUGUAAGGAGCUGAGCUACGCGGCGUGUUCGGUGAUAGCGUAGUAGAUGUUGUGAUCGCAAACACAUGGGUUAUUAUUUACUAGCGCCCGCGCACACGAGCGGCACGCCGCGAACCCUUGUGUCAAAAUAUACAAAUUUAUAAUUUGUCGAGCGUCACGUCGCUCGUGUGUUUAGGCGUUACAAGCUUAUGUAUACCAGUAGGUGAUGUUAUGUACCGUUGGCCAUUCGUAUAUGGAAAUACAUUAACUACGUAUUGUAGAGUAUGAAAGUACAUAUUUUAUCGACCUUUAUUAUUUAACUACUUAAAUUGUUCCUUUUUGUAUGUUUUUCGUAUCAUAGCCGUUGAGCACCGAUGUACUAAAAAGUAUUUUGCGUUUAAAAAUAAUGUGCAAUCAAGCAUUUUGUAAGUUCUGAAUAAAGUUAGAUUUCUGACAAAUUUGACCGAUACCAUAAAUUAGUCAUUAGUGAAAUUAGUCUAGUAUUCUUUAUUUGAAAAUUGUGAUGUUUUAGUAUUCACUUUAGUGAAAAAUAGGAAAACAUCUUGAUAUUACUGUGGACAAUAUAUAGACUGAUUUCAUAAGUGAGUAUUGUGAUGAAUAUUUGGACUUCAAUGGCCUUUUUGGAUGAGGACCUCGUUAGCCGUAAAUACAUUAAACGUUGAGAAAUUAGACCAACCCAGACCCGAGUUAUAACUAGAAAAAAAAUUUACUCAGAGCGCAAUAUACGUUUUUUGUAUGUAUGAUCGUAACGAUAUUAAAAGGACCAUGUACCUUAAACGGACCCCUAAAAAGGCCAAUAGAGUCCAAAUAUUUAGAACUUCGAAAAACACACCGACCACAACCUGUGCAAUAACUUCGAUUCGAAAAAAAUGUUUUAAUCGCUUAUAAUUUGUCUUCCUGUAUUUUUAAAAGAAGGCCUAUAGUGUAGAUGGAAAUAACAAGCAUUUCUCUAUUUUUAGUUCUUAGAUGUUUUUUUCUAUGUAUUAAUCGUAAUUAUAUAAUUAUAUUAUGGUUUAUUGAAUACAUUGUAUGGUUUUUUGUCAUCACAUCAAGUAUAGGGGAUGGAAAGGCGUAGCAAUGUGUGGAACAAACUUUGAUUCUAAGAGCUGAUAGCGAGAUGUUAUCAAUUUUACAUACUUUAAAGUUUUCCACUGCGUCCUAUCUAUCUAUAUAUUGGGUAGUUCUCGAAAUUAAAACUACGAAUAGUAAAAAAAUAAGUUUUCGUAAACGAGUUUUGCAAACGAUGUAAACGAUAUUUUUUUCAAUAGCGUGUAGUUCGGAUAUCUAAUAAGAGAAUAUGGACUUGAUACCUUGAAGAAAACGUAUUAUUUGUCAUACUUAACUUUAAUGUGACCAUUGGUAUUGCACAUAAAAUUGUACGUUAAAAAGUUGUUGAAUCGCGUCACUCUGAACAAAGUUAAGAUGAUAUUGACUCAGGAAUGCUUGACAGUCCAUAUUGACAAAUAUCCUACAAUUGAGUUGUGAACGUGUCUGCGUACUUUCGGUUUUUUAUUUUUGAUUGACCUCGUUCUCACUAUACUCAAAAUAGCAUUUUUUUUUAUUUAAUAAAUUUGUAUUAAGUUGACUGCCUUUCGUUCUUUAUUAUGCUCAAUAAUAGUUUAAUAUUAGUCUGGAGUUCUCGUUUAGGUACUGACAAAAUGCGAUGACAUUAGUUUUACUUUUGUAUGUGGGAACACACUUGUGGAUUUCUAACUGAAAUUUAAUUUAAAGGGCAGUACAUAUAGUACAGUGACUGACUAGCAUUUUCUGACCAAAUUUAUUUUACUUGCCUUAUACGACGUUAUAUUUCAAUAACGUGCCAUUUUAUUUUAUAUAUAUUUUGUUAUGUGACAUUAUAAAGCGUAUGUAAAUAUGAUAUUUUUUUGCCUUCAUUCGUGUGUUUCCACCCGUACCCCAAUAGCGUUUUAAGGUAUUUAGUCAAUUAUUGUAUAUCUUUUUUGUUUAAAUUUAACAUUGAAAACGUGAUGGCUGAGCCGAGUCAAUUCACAUCAGCCUUUAUAUGGAAUUGUGAUAGCUUGUGCUUCGUACCUCGUUCUAGCGUUCAACUGUAAGGGAAUGCAUGCAGAGCUUCUGUAUCGAAGUCGAUAGAUAAAUAAACGAUGUAUAAAUUGUUUUGUCUUGUGUGUUUGUAUUUUUAUAUGCUUCUGAGUGUUACGUUAAACUAUCGUAAUGUUUGUAAAAAUUGUCAUACGCACACUGCUUUUCUGUCGUUUCAUUUCUCAUAUUGUGUGCAAGAAAGUGUAUCAGAACGAUUUGUUUGUAACAACUCAAGUUCCGAGCCAAAUUAGAUACACUAUUCCUUAAAGUGGGAACCGAUUGUAAGUAAAUAAGUGAUAAGGUAAAUUUUAAUGUUUGUCAAUCGAAAUAUGUUUUUUUGUUUAAAUCAUUUUGUCAUUAAGCUACAAACAUGCAUACACUUUCUUACACAGAGCUAUCUAUUAUCGAAGACUCACGACUUUCUCAUUUUGUUUCGUAACAUUUGUCUAUUGAUUUCGACAUAACGCAUGGGCUACAUCAUCGGCGUCGAUCAGUAUUAACCACGCUUCACUCAGUGAUCAGUCACGCGUUACUGCCAACCGUCUGUACUCGGUUUUAUAUCGUUUGCUAGCGACAGAUUAGUAUAAGCUUCGGUUCGACCUUGCAUUUGUCUACUCAUAUUUUUUUUGUGAAAUAUUGUGUUCUCAUUUUUUACGUAAUGCUGGUGUUUCACGUCUUGAAACUCGUAGCGACUAUGUGAAUAUACAAUUUAAAAUAAAUGAAUUAUAUAAAUAAAUAAUA